AUGGACCUACCGGCGACCGAGUUUGACGAAAAGGGACGACGCAAGCAAAAGAUCAAUAUCUCGAACCGUAUUCGGACAGCCAAAUACACGCCGCUGUCAUUCAUACCCAAGAAUUUGUUUGAGCAGUUCAGAAACGUCGCCAACCUGUAUUUCUUGUUUCUCGUCAUCUUGCAGUGUAUUCCAAUUUUCGGUGUAGUUGAGCCGGCCGUCUCGGCCCUGCCGCUGAUAGCAAUCUUGGUUAUUACCGCUAUCAAGGACGCCAUAGAGGACUGGAAGCGUAAUCAGAGCGACGACCGCGUGAAUAAUGCAAAAACACUUACUCUGACGAAUUGGCGCAAUGUCAACAUGCCCGAUAAUGCGGGUGGGUUCUUUGCUAGCUUCAUUGGUUUCUUUUAUGUCAUGGCCGGUGUCGAAAACAAGUAUGCACAGGCUUAUAGAGCAUUCUUGGCCAAGCGGAAAAGCAAUGGUGGCCAAAAGAAGAAGAUGAAAAAGGAACGAUCCCGCCGAGGCACUGAGGAUAAGUUGCCAUUGACGGAAUUGAACUUGCCCUCUUCAUCUGCGUCCUCUCAGCAUCAGUCCGAGCGAACCAACACUAUUCAUCAAGAAAUCCCUGAUAACCACCAUCACAAUAACAGUCGACCCAUGCGCCAGAAUAGCAGGUUCAGGCUACGGUCCAAUACACUGCGAUCCAUGUUUCGCAACAAACCGUAUAAUCCAAACAAAAUUCGUCACUCAGUCUUGUAUCGCAUCGAUAGCACGCCUGGACCUUCCUCACGCCGUGACUCUACGGUCCACCCAGCAUUGCUACCGCCGGUUAAAACACAUUUGGAAGGCCCUCUGGCAGCCAACGGCGAUGUUGCAUGGAAGCCGACGGCAUGGAAAGACGUCAAUCCGGGCGACUAUAUCUUGAUUAGAAAUGACGAAGACGUGCCUGCAGAUAUUGUCAUCUUGUCGACAUCCGAUCCAGACCACAUCUGCUACAUUGAGACGCAAAACCUGGAUGGCGAAACCAACUUAAAAGUACGCCAAGCUCUUGUUGCAACGAGCGAAGUCAAUUCCGUCAAGGAUUGUCAGCUUGCCGAGUUUUAUAUCGAGAGCGAACCACCCCACGUCAACUUGUAUCAGUACAGCGGUGUUCUCAAGUGGCAGAUCCAGAACCAACAGACCAUGGAGUCUCAAGUGGCCCAUGAAAAGACAGAGGCGGUGACGUACAAUAAUAUUCUGUUGCGUGGUUGUGUUGUCCGUAACACCGAGUGGGUCAUUGGUGUCGUCGUGUACACUGGUGAUGAAACCAAGAUCAUGAUGAAUACCGGUCGUACGCCUUCCAAGCGAAGCAAGAUGGCUAAAAAGACCAAUCCGCACGUAAUUGCCAAUUUUGUCAUCUUGGCUGUUAUAUGUAUCAUCAGUUCAGUGAUGGAUAGCAUCCUGUUCAGAUCUGAAGGAUCUGCUCGGUUCUUUGACUUUGAAAUCAGUGGAACAAAUGCGUCCUAUGAUGGUUUCUUGACAUUUUGGGUUACACUAAUUCUGUAUCAGAACAUUGUCCCUAUCUCACUGUACAUUUCCGUUGAAAUUGUCAAGACAUUUGCUGCCUACUUUAUUUAUUCGGAUAUCGACAUGUAUCAUCCAGAAACUGACACGCCAUGUGUCGCCAAAACAUGGAACAUUUCCGACGACUUGGGCCAGAUCGAAUACAUUUUUUCUGACAAAACUGGCACGUUGACGCAGAACGUCAUGGAAUAUCGCAAAUGUACCAUCAAUGGUGUCAAGUAUGGUCUAGGCACUACAGAAGCAUCCAUGGGCGCCAAGAUCCGUGAAGCCGUGGAAAAGCGACAAACCAAGCACCAGAUCGACCGCGACGAUAUUGAUGUUUUAAACGAUAAUAGCAGCAGUACAUUGAACAACAACAACGAUGGUACAGCAGCACUCGAGCAGGCCAAAAAGGAAAUGUAUGCCAAACAAGCACAAUUGUUUCAAAACGACCACGUUGGUCCAAACCCGACGUUUAUCGAUCCAAAACUCUUUGACGAUUUGGCAGAGACCGAAGUUUCACAGUCCAUUUUUAUCACUCACUUUUUCAUGACACUUGCACUAUGUCAUACCGUCAUUGCUGAACGGCCCGAUUCGGAGAAUGACCCAAAUAGAAUCGAGUACAAGGCACAGAGUCCCGACGAAGCUGCCUUGGUCGCUACGGCAAGAGACUGUGGGUUCGUGUUUGUUGGUCGUGAAGCAAACACGAUUCACGUGAAGAUCAAGGGAGAGGACAAGUAUUUCGAAAUCCUCAAUGUGCUAGAGUUUAACUCGACCAGAAAGCGCAUGAGUGUCAUCUUGAAACCUCAUGAUAGUGACAAAAUUAUCCUGCUGUGUAAAGGUGCCGAUUCGAUCAUUUAUGAACGGUUGUGUAAUGACUUUGGCGACCAAAAGGAAUUGCAAACUACACAAGAAGAGAUUCGUAAUAACACCAGUGCUCACUUGGAAGACUUUGCCAAUGAAGGUCUGCGUACAUUGUGUUUGUCAUACCGUUUUAUCUCCAUGGAAGAGUACGAGCCCUGGAACGAGAGUUACUUGGAUGCCUCUGCUAGUAUUUACAACCGUGAAGAAAAGAUCGAUGAAGUAUGUGAGGCGAUAGAGUCCAACAUGCUGCUCAUGGGCGGUACUGCUAUUGAAGAUCGUCUUCAAGUCGGUGUGCCCGAAACGAUUGCCGAGCUGGCCAAAUCCGGCGUCAAACUCUGGGUGCUGACAGGCGACAAGACCGAAACAGCCGUCAAUAUCGGGUUUGCAUGCAAUCUCCUCUCACAAGACAUGGAUCUGAUCAUUAUCAAGGGCCAGACGCGUGAAGAAACUACCGCACAAUUGCAAGAGGCGCUGACAACGACAAGCAACACCAACGAAGAACGAAAACGCGCGUUGGUGAUUGAUGGCACGACCCUGAAAUAUGCUUUGGAGCCCAAGGCCAAGAACAUGGUGUUGACCCUAGGCAUGCGCUGUAACAGCGUCUUGUGCUGUCGUGUCUCGCCAAAACAGAAGGCUCAAGUGGUCGCGCUGGUCAAGAAAGGACUCAAGGUCAUGACCCUAGCCAUCGGCGACGGCGCAAACGACGUUUCCAUGAUCCAAGAAGCCAACAUUGGCAUUGGUAUCUCUGGCCUCGAGGGUCGUCAAGCAGUCAUGGCAUCCGACUAUGCUAUCGCCCAAUUCCGGUUCUUGCACAAGUUAUUGUUGGUGCACGGUCGAUGGUCUUACAUUCGAACAUCGGAAAUGAUCAUGGGCUUCUUUUACAAAAACAUUGUCUGGACGUUCGUCUUGUUCUGGUACCAAAUCUUCUGCCAAUUCACCGGCAGCAUGAUGUUCGAGUAUGCUCUUGUCACGCUGUACAACGUGGUCUUUACGUCGGUACCGAUUAUCUUUUUGGGUAUUUGGGACCAAGACUUGAGCGCCAAGAUUUCAUUGUUGUAUCCUGAAUUGUACCGGAUGGGUCUGCGUAACGACUUGUUCAAGACCUGGCGGUUCUGGUUGACCAUGUUGGACUCGAUCUAUCAGUCCGCAGUCUGUUUCUUUUUCCCUUACAUGUUGUUGGUCGGUGGCGGCGUCGAUCCGAUUGGUUUGGACCAGAAUGGCGUGUAUGAGAUCGGUACCAUCGUUUCCAGUAUUGCCGUCUGCGUCGCCAAUUUCUUUGUCGCCUGUUCGUUGUACAGUUUUACGUGGAUCCAGGUCGGCAUAAUUGCCUUGUCCAUCUUAAUCUAUUAUGCAUUCGUCUGCAUCUAUGCCCAGUUCAAUACGUUUAUUUUUGCUGGUCACAGUCGAGUCUUUGCCACUGGCAUGUAUUGGCUCGUGUUCAUUCUCACAAUGGUGGCCUGUUACAUUCCUCGCUUUAUAGCGUUGCAUUUGCUGCAUCAAUAUCGACCUUACGACAAUGAUAUUGUUCGUGAGAUUGAGCUGGUGCAAAAGAAGGGAAAGCAUACAAACACUAAGAGCUUAGAGAAUCCAACGGUCGGCCCUAAUGAAGGAUUGUACGAUAUUAAUUUACUAGAACGGUAUAAAUGA